UGGAGAUGGUCUAAGAUGAAUCUCCUCAAAAUAUCCAAACACCAUCGCCAACAAGCUGAAGAAGAGGACCAAGAAUCAUCUCCGGCGAUGGCUCAUGACGCCCCCAUCGUUUCCCCCUACAACGCCCGAAUCCGGCUGCUGCUGGACACCGUAGACAAGCUGCGCCACCUCAAGAUCAUGCAGGAAGACAUCCAGCUGCCCACCAUCGUUGUCGUCGGCGACCAGUCCUCCUUGACUCUCGUCAUCAAGAAGAAAGCCAACGUCGUCGACGAGAUCAUGUACACCACUCAGGAAAUCGCCGGCAAAGGGAAGGGGAUCUCCAACACCCCCUUGACUCUCGUCGUCAAGAAGAAAGGCGUCCCCGACCUCACCAUGAUCGAUCUCCCCGGAAUCACUAGGGUUCCGGUCAAGGGCCAGCUUGAGGAUAUCUCCGAACAGAUCUCCAACAUCAUAAUGAAGUACAUUACGCCCAAGGAGAGCAUAAUUUUAAACGUUCUAUCCGCCGGCGUCGAUUUCCCAACGUGUGAGUCGAUUCGGAUGUCACAAAAAGUGGACAAAACAGGGCAGAGGACUCUCGCCGUCGUCACGAAAGCUGAUAAGUCUCCAGAGGGGCUGCUCGAGAAGAUCGUCGCAGAUGACGUCAACAUCGGCCUCGGCAACGUCUGCGUCAGGAACCGCAUUGACGACGAGUCUUAUGAAGAAGCUCGGGAUGAAGAAGCCAACCUCUUCGACAAUAAUCCCCUGCUUUUGAGGAUUGAUAAGUCCAUUGUUGGGAUUCCUGCUUUGGCAGAGAGGUUGACGACGAUUCAGGCCAACAUUAUCGUCAAAUGCUUGCCUGAGAUCCUGCGGAAGAUCAACGAGAAGCUCUCGGCCAACGUCGAGGAGUUGAAUAAAAUGCCCAAGCAUCUGAGCUCCAUCGCUGAAGCAAUGACUUCUUUCAUGAACAUUCUCGGCUCCGCGAGAGAAUCCUUGAGGAAGAUCUUGUUGCAGGGCGAGUUUGAUGAGUUUCCAUCAAAUGGUGAUAUGCACGCUACUGCAAGACUAGCUGAAAUGCUCAACAAAUACUCAGACGAACUGCGCUCUGCAAAAUCCGCUGUUGAUCUAUGUAUUCUUUCUAUCUUCCCCCUUUCUUUUAUUAGUCGUAUCGAUACUCGGUUCCCGCUAUUACUAGUGUCGGAACCGGGCUGCGACAAUGGUGCUGCACUUGCUCUUCAGCAUGCAGAAGCUGGUGAAUAGGGAGAUGCAGAAGGAGAUCAUCGAUGAGCUGAUGGGGCCGCAGGGGAAUGGGCUGGAGAGAAUGCUGGAGGAGCUACCGUCGGUGUCGGAGAAGAAGAAGAAGAAGCUGCACAACAGCAUCGGCUUGCUCAAGCAGUCCAAGGAUAUCGUUGCUGGUAUCAUGGAUCAGAUUUCUGUCGAUUUUGAUUGACUCAGUCUGAGUGUGGAGAUGUAAUGAAUCUUAAUCACGCAUCGUUUCACUAUUAUGUUAAAUAAGAAUGCUUAUUGUGAUUUAGUUUCAUUUUAAUUGAAUUACGAUUUAUAAGAAGGCUUAUUUAAGCGAA